CAGAGUGUGUGAGGGAACAAACCUUGAGUCAGAACUGGUAAAAGGCUGCUGCCUGAGCAUUCUCUUGUCCUGGGAACAAGGCUGUUAAGCUUCCUAGUCUAGUAAAGAGUUGUAAAAAUGAACAUGGAGUCUCCAUGCUGUGAGCAGAGGGCUGCAAAGGUCUCUCUAGCUGAGAUUUUGAGGUGCUUUGAGCACCCUAUAAGCGAAGAGCAAGCCUGGGCUAUUUGCUUUCAGUGCUGCUGCAGAAUGAAAGAAUUAGCCCAAGGGCUGUACCCAUCACUCCAUUCUGUAUUCAUAAAAGGUCCUGGGAGCAUCUUUAUUCAUGCUGAUGGCACUGUUUCCUUCCGGGUGUAUCAUAAGUCUGAUGCUGGCAGCAUUCAGCAGUCAGAGGACAAGCUGCUGGAGUACCUGGGAGUGGUGAUCUAUGAAGCUCUGGACUGGGGAAUUGACAGCCAAGUUGAGCGAGAACUGAGUGAUCCGCUGGAUAAACUGCUCUGCCUCAUGUUGAAACUGGAUGAUGAGGGAAUGAAGCCAAUAGUCACCCUGCAGGAUGUUAUCAAGGCCUGUGAGCAUCACCUGUCCAUGCCUUCUGAGGCUACCAGUCAUUACAAAAUGACCUGUAAGAGUCUUUUUUCUGAAUUUAUUGAACUUCAGAAGCUUGUGUCCAUCAUCCAGACCUCCAAAGAGAGUCUAAAAAACAUGGAUGAGGAAGAUUUGCUGGAAACCCACGUGCAGAAGAAGGAAAAACAGUGGGCAUCCCUGUGGCCCAGUGUCAUCCGUGAACUACAGAAUGGUGUAAAGCUGCAGAAGGCCACUGAGCGACCACAGCGUCCUGUCCCUCUGAAACAAUGUACCUACUCCCCUUAUGAAUUACUUCUAGAUGAUAUUCGGCACAAGAGGUACAAACUUCGGAAGGUGAACAUCGAGCAAAAAUGCAAAACCCCCAGCAAUGCUGUAGCCACUCCCAAGCCUCAUCUAAAACCUGUGCUGGAGCGGAAGCUGAAAGAGUGUGUGCCAUCAGAGCCUACCUUACACAAACAGCUCAUGGCAGAAAUUAAGCAACCACAGAAGCUUCAAUCGUCAUCAGCAAGGGAAAGUGGGAGCAAGCCUAAAGAUGCCAGUGCAGCACUUCAGAUCGUAAACACAAGAGCACAGCAUCCAAGAUCAGGAAUUCAGGAAAUGACUCCAAAGCUGUCUUCCAGCACCCAGCAUGCCUCAGCCAGGUCAUCAGUAGCGUCCUACAGCAGCACAGGUCUUGCUGCAGAUCAUACACUUCCUCCCAUGAGCACACCCCUGCUAGGAGUCCUUCAGCCUAACAGUGUCCUGAAUGUUGGCCAGCAGCAGCUGCAUCCUUACAGAAGAAGGUCCAAAUCUUUAGACACUGGCCUUCAAAGCAAGAAAUUUGACUCUUACUUUCCUGCUACUAGGCCAUCACCUACCAUUGCUGAACUGAUUGGAACCAGAUAUGCAAUGAUAGUGCUGAAAAGGGGAGGCUUUUUCCAAGGAAGUGGUGAUGGUGUCUUUCCAAGAGCAAAGAUCUGUUUCAGCUGCCAUAAGCAGAUGUUUCUUAAGUGGCCUUACAGCUGUUACCUCUGCAGCAGUGUCGUCUGCUGUGACUGCUGCAUCAAGAUGUCCAUGCCCUUCAGAAUGUGUGUACAUCUUCCACUUCACUUCUUAAAACUUUUGAGACUCUCCAGAGAAGAAGACCCAGCUACUCAAGAGCAGAAGAGCUCAGAGUUGCUGCGUGAAAUUGAACAAUGGGAGUGUUAUAGUGUGCCUGUUAUUUUGGAGCCCCACGGCCUAGCGCAGCCUCUGUGCUGUCACACAAGGACCAUGGCAAACUGGCUGACUGCAGACAUUUGCACUCAAUGUGAGCAUUAUCUGUUGAAUGUGGCUUCCAACCAGCAGCAGAACAUCCCACUCAGGAGAAUUUCCCAGUCUUGGACUAAACUGGAAUGACUCCGCUUUAUAUUUUUCCUAUCACCUGUUCUGUACCUGAAUUAAAUUAAACAGCUUUAUGCACUUUACUGACAUAAAGGCCUGAGUAAAAGACUUUCCUGCUGCUUAGUCUAAGCGGGAAGUACAGUUAGUAUUUAUGUAUUGUAAAGCAUUAUAAAGCAUUGCAAUUUUUAGAAUUGUUUUAAUCCUUUUAUGAUUCUUUGGGGGAAAAUAAAUGUUGAAGCACC